AUGAAUCAUCCCAGGGAACAAUAUGGGCAAAGUGGCCGAAAGUUGCGCCUUUUGAAGACAGGGUCACCGUUUGAUGACCAGGAGCAAGACCGCCUGGAUUUUUUUCAUAAGGUCUUCUCUAUUGCGCUGAUGUCUGAAAAGAUAGUCCAUGUACCGUAUCCCAAAAACGGUCGCUUUCUUGACUUGGGAUGCGGGACGGGAAUAUGGGCUAUUGACAUAGCACAGCAGUUGCCUAGUGCUUUUGUUGUUGGUGUUGAUCUUGCUCCCAUUCAACCGCCCAACAAGCCUGAAAACUGCAUUUUUCGGGCUCCUUUCGACCUUGAAAGCACAUGGACCCUGGGUGAAAAUGAGUGGGAUGUUAUAUAUCUGCGAAUGGGUUGCGGGGAUAUAUCCGACUGGCAAGGUCUCUACCGGAAGGUAUAUGCUCACCUAUGUGAUGGCGGUUGGCUCGAGCAGAUAGAGAUUGACUUCACACCGCGUUCUGUGAGACAUACAAAAGACGACUGUGCAAUGCAGUUCUGGUAUCAGAGCCUGACCCAGGCAACAGAGAAGGCCAUGAGACCAUUGGCUCACUGCCCUCAGUGGACGAUGCAGAAACUACAGGAAGCUGGUUUUGUGGAGAUUCAUCAUCAUCAGGUCGGGCUUCCUUUGGGCCAGUGGCACAACGAUGAUUAUGAACGGCUCGUUGGUCUCUGGUACCGUCAAGCAUUCACCGAAAGUAUUGAGCCACUUAGCGUUGUUCCCUUUAGAAGCGUCCUUGGAUGGAGUCCUGACCAAAUCCGGCACCUUGCCACCCAGGUCAAAUCAGAAGCGUUAACAGAGGACAACUGCAACUAUAAUAUCUUGCAUCUGUAUCGAGCACGUCGACCCAUGUAUUAG